ACUCUCCCUCCCCGGCGACCAAAGCUGCCGACCGACCCUGUCGCGAGCAUCCGUCUCUGCCAGCAUCUGGUCCAGCCCGCCCCUCGCCCCGUGCCGUGCCGUACCGUACCGUGCCCAUCUUCCUCUGCUCUGUCCGCUGCUGAUCUUGCUCCAUCGCCAUGAGCGCUGCCGCCGAACGGGAAGCCGAACACGAGGAGGUCCUCCAGGAAGAAGAGUCUGGCGGCCCCAUCCGCAUCUCCAAGCUCGAGGAAUAUGGCCUUAGCUCCACCGACAUCAAGAAGCUGAUCGAGGCUGGUUACCACACCGUCGAGUCUAUCGCCUUCACACCCAAGAAACAGCUUCUGACCAUCAAGGGCAUCUCUGAAGCCAAGGCCGACAAGAUCUUGGCCGAAGCCGCCAAGCUUGUGCCCAUGGGCUUUACCACCGCGACCGAGUUCCAUCAUCGCCGUUCCGAGCUGAUCACUGUGACGACCGGAUCCAAGGAGCUCGACAAACUCUUGGGAGGCGGCAUCGAAACCGGUGCCAUUACCGAGAUGUUUGGCGAGUUCCGUACCGGAAAGACCCAGCUCUGCCACAUGCUUGCGGUGACGUGCCAGCUUCCGGUCGAUAUGGGUGGUGCCGAGGGCAAGUGUCUGUACAUCGAUACCGAGGGCACCUUCCGCCCCGAGCGACUCUUGUCGAUAGCCGAAAGAUACGGCCUCAAUGGGGAGGAAGUCCUGGACAACGUCGCCUACGCGCGUGCCUACAACACCGACCAUCAGAACCAGCUGCUGAUCCAGGCCUCGGCCAUGAUGGCCGAGCAUCGGUACGCCCUGCUCAUCGUCGACAGCGCCACCUCGUUGUAUCGAACCGACUAUUUCGGCCGUGGUGAGCUGUCCACCCGACAGAUGCAUCUCGCAAAGUUCCUGCGUAUGCUCCUGCGGCUGGCCGACGAGUUUGGCGUCGCGGUCGUCAUCACCAACCAGGUUGUUGCCCAGGUCGACGGCGGUGCUUCGAUGUUCAACGCCGACCCCAAGAAGCCGAUCGGAGGCAACAUCAUUGCCCAUGCGUCCACCACCAGACUGUAUUUCAGGAAAGGUCGUGGCGAAGGUCGCAUCUGCAAGAUCUACGACUCGCCCUGUCUGCCAGAAGCCGAAGCCAUGUUCGGAAUAUACGCACACGGCAUCGACGACGUCAAGGAAUAAACCAAACUGAGGCUGUGUUUUUGGAAAGCUAAUUUGUGUUCUGUGAUCAUAUCACUGGUAUCGAGGAGCCGGGGGCUAUGUACACUCGGGACUGCCAAGAGACGGACACUCCACUUGCUUCAGGAAACGCCGUAUGCACUUGAGCAGCUUGUCAUGGGUGGUCGCAUUGACUCGUCGCCGCUGUCGCUGUCGGUCCUGGACAGCUUGGCUGAGAAUACAUGAGACUGGAAGAAUCAGCUCGCACAUCGAAA